UACCAUGGGGCGCAAGUUGGACCCUACGAAGAAGGAGAAGCGCGGGCCGGGCCGAAAGGCCCGGAAACAGAAGGGUGCCGAAACCGAACUCGCUAGAUUCUUGCCUGCAGAAUGGUGAUGAUGCCAUUUAUUGAAAUCAGAAGUCUCGAGGGAGGCCCCGUUUGGAUUUGGUUGAUGAACAACCAGAUGGAGAUCAUCUCCUUUACAUCUCUUACCCAGCUCCUGGUAAAGCCAUGGGACUGGUGAUGAAAAUUCCAAGCGGCUGUCUAGUCGUGCUCGAAAGAGGGCAGCCAAGAGGAAGUUGGGCUCUGCUGAAGGCCCUAAGAUGAAUAAGUCUCCUGGGGCCAAACCGUUGCCUGGAAAGCUACCAAAAGGAGUUGUCCAGACACCUCGUAAGAAGGGACCGCAGUCCUUCUUAAAUACUGCUCGAGGCAAGAAGCGCCCUGCACCAACCCAUAGCAGUGAGGAGGAGGAAGAGUCUGAAAAGGAUGGUGUGGUGAACCAGGGGGACCUCUGGGGCUCUGAGGACAGCGAUGCUGAUAUGAGAGAUGACUACGGAGCUGACUCCAACUCAGAGAACGAAGAUGAGGAUGAAGGUGAAGAGUUGCUGCCCAUUGAAAGGGCUGCUCAGAAGCAGAAGGCCCAGGAAGCUGUUGUUGGGGGCCAGUGGAUCGAGGAGGAGACUGAUGAAGAGGAGGAAGAGGAGGAAAUAUCCCCUGAGUCAGGCCCCAAAAAGGAUGAUGAGCCAGAUGGGGGCCUACAGAUCAACGUGGAUGAGGAGGAGCCUUUUGUGCUCCCCCCUGCUGGGGAGAUGGAGCAAGAUGCGCAGGCUCCAGACUUGCAGCGAGUUCACAAGCGCAUCCAAGAUAUUGUGGCAGUGCUGCGUGAUUUUGGGACUCAGCGGGAGGAAGGUCGAUCUCGUUCCGAAUAUCUGCACCGGCUUCGGAAGGACCUGGCUAUUUAUUACUCCUAUGGAGACUUCCUGCUUGGCAAGCUUAUGGACCUCUUCCCGCUGUCUGAGCUGGUGGAGUUCUUAGAAGCUAACGAGGUGCCUCGGCCCAUCACUCUCAGGACUAAUACCUUGAAAACCCGGCGCCGAGACCUUGCUCAGGCACUAAUCAAUCGUGGGGUUAACCUGGAUCCCCUGGGCAAGUGGUCAAAGACUGGACUAGUGGUGUAUGAUUCUUCAGUGCCCAUUGGCGCUACUCCCGAGUACCUGGCUGGACACUAUAUGCUGCAGGGAGCCUCCAGCAUGUUGCCUGUUAUGGCUUUGGCGCCCCAGGAGCAUGAGCGGAUCCUGGACAUGUGUUGUGCACCUGGAGGAAAGACCAGCUACAUAGCCCAACUGAUGAAGAACACAGGUGUGAUCCUUGCCAACGAUGCCAAUGCUGAGCGGCUCAAGAGUGUCGUGGGCAACCUGCACCGGUUGGGAGUCACCAACACCAUUGUCAGCCACUACGAUGGGCGCCAGUUCCCCAAGGUGGUGGGGGGCUUUGACCGAGUACUGCUGGAUGCUCCCUGCAGUGGCACUGGGAUCAUCUCCAAGGACCCAGCUGUGAAGACUAACAAGGAUGAGAAGGACGUCCUGCGCUGUGCUCACCUGCAGAAGGAGCUGCUCCUGAGUGCUAUUGACUCCGUCAAUGCCACCUCCAAGACAGGAGGCUACCUCGUCUACUGCACCUGUUCUAUCAUGGUGGAAGAGAAUGAGUGGGUGGUAGACUAUGCCCUGAAAAAGAGGAAUGUGCGGCUGGUGCCCACAGGUCUUGACUUUGGCCAGGAGGGUUUUACCCGCUUUCGAGAAAGGCGCUUCCACCCUACUCUGCGUUCUACCCGCCGCUUCUACCCUCACACCCACAAUAUGGAUGGUUUCUUUAUUGCCAAGUUCAAGAAAUUCUCCAAUUCUAUCCCCCAGUCCCAGACAGGAGAUUCUGCAGCAUCCACCCCUGCAGAAGUAGACUUGCCUGAUCUGAAAGCUCAGGUGACUCCCAAGCCUGAGAACAGCAGCCAACCUGCCAAGAGGGCCAGAGUGGCUGUGAAGGCAAAGCAGCAGCUGCAUCCCAAGAAGGCCACCUUCCGGAAGCAGAAUGGUGUCUCCAAAGGGGCAGACUCAGAGUUAUCUGCUCUAUCUUCUGUCACAAAGGCCAGGGCUUCCUCCAAGCUCCAGGAUAGCAGCCAGCCAGCUGUCAAAGCUGAAGUGAUCACGGAACCGAAGGUGAUGGGGAAACUAAAGCAACAGUCACCUAAACUGCAGUCCUCCAAGAAAGCUGCCUUCCCGAAGCACAGUGCUCCUCCCAAGGGCAUAGACAGAGCAGCACCUGCUGUGCUAUCCUCCAGGACCCAGGCCACUCUCAAGCCGGAGGACCGUGCUCAGCCCCUUGGGGAUGCCAAAGGGGCUGAGAAGGUAAAGCAGCAGUUGUCAGAGCAGCCCUUCAAGAAAGCUCCCUUCCAGAAACAGAAUGGCACCCCCAAGGGAAUUAAGACCCCCACCUUGUUCCCCCUCAGUUCCAGCCAGCCCCCACCAGCCAAGAGGAGAAAAUCUCAAUCCAGAGGCAGCAGCCAGCCACUGCUGUCCUAGGUGGAUGGCUGAGACUAGCCCAGGGUGGCUCAUGGCCGUUGUCACUGGGUUGGAACUCUUACCUCUGUGAGGAUGGCUUCCCCGCUGUGCAUAUGAAAUUUAAUAUAAUUUCACAAUCUCUGA